GUUCGUACUGCCGGCCUGGUCUGAGCUUUCUUCCCGCACCCUCGAGGUCGCGAUGGGCUCAUUAAGCCGGCAGGUAGGCAGUGCCGUGGCGGCGGCAGGCGGUCCUGGAAUGUGCGAGGGGCGUGAUGACAGCUACUGCCGCCGGCCUCUUUGCGCAACCCCUUCACCGUAUAUAUACCGGGCGCUCCGCCGCGCUCCGCCUGGGUGCCUCCUGCAGUCCCUCACCUGCGAAGGGAACGCUGAUCAUGGCUCCUUGGCCGGAGUUGGAAAAUGCGCAGCCCAACCCCAAUAAAUUCAUAGAAGGGGACUCGGGAGGUCCGCAGUCUAACACAGCAGCCAAGGACAAGGAGACUAGCAAAAAUGAGAGUGGGGCUCCAGUAACCAAGGUAGAGCUUCUACCCUCCUAUUCCACCGUGGUCCUGAUAGAGGAGCCCCCCGAGGGGAAUGACCCCUGGGACCUGCCUGAACUCCGGGACACCGGGAUCAAAUGGUCAGAGAGAGACACCAGAGGGAAGAUUCUCUGCAUUUUCCAGGGGAUUGGGAAAUUCCUUCUGCUUCUGGGCUUCCUCUACCUGUUUGUAUGCUCCCUGGAUGUACUCAGCAGUGCCUUCCAACUGGUUGGAGGAAAAGUGGCCGGCCAGUUCUUCAGUAACAACUCCAUCAUGGCUAACCCCGUGGCGGGGCUAGUGAUCGGGGUGCUGGUGACCGUCAUGGUGCAGAGCUCGAGCACGUCUUCAUCCAUCAUUGUCAGCAUGGUUGCUUCUUCGUUGCUGACCGUGCGUGCCGCCAUCCCCAUCAUCAUGGGGGCCAACAUCGGAACCUCCAUCACCAAUACUAUUGUGGCUCUUAUGCAGGCAGGAGACCGGAAUGAGUUCAGAAGGGCAUUCGCAGGCGCCACCGUCCAUGACUUCUUCAACUGGCUGUCCGUGUUAGUGCUUUUGCCUCUGGAAGCUGCCACCCACUACCUGGAGAUCCUGACCAACCUGGUGGUGGACACCUUCCAGUUCAAGCCUGGAGAAGAUGCUCCAGACAUUCUGAAAGUCAUUACAGACCCCUUCACAAAGCUGAUCAUCCAGCUGGAUAAAAAGGUCAUCCAGCAAAUUGCAAUGAAUAACCCAGUAGCCCACAAUCAGAGCCUGGUCAAGAUCUGGUGCAAAACCAUAACCAAUGUGACUCAGAUGAAUGUCACUGUUCCCUCACCUGAUAACUGCACCUCGCCUUCAUAUUGCUGGACUGACGGCGUACAGACUUGGACCAUCCAGAAUGUCACCCAAAAGGAGAACAUUGCUAAAUGCAAGCACAUCUUCGUGAAUUUAAAUCUCCCUGAUCUUGCUGUGGGCAUCAUCCUGCUGACUGUCUCCUUGUUGGUCCUCUGCGGCUGCCUGAUUAUCAUAGUCAAGCUCUUGGGUUCUGUACUGAAGGGACAGGUGGCUACUGUCAUCAAGAAGACCCUUAAUACUGAUUUCCCCUUUCCCUUUGCCUGGUUGACUGGCUACUUAGCCAUCCUCGUGGGCGCAGGCAUGACCUUCAUCGUGCAGAGCAGCUCCGUGUUCACCUCUGCCAUGACGCCGCUCAUCGGUAUCGGCGUGAUCACCAUCGAGAGAGCAUACCCUCUCACGCUGGGCUCCAACAUUGGCACCACCACCACGGCCAUCCUGGCAGCCUUAGCCAGCCCAGGAAGCACCUUGAGGAGCUCUCUCCAGAUUGCCCUGUGCCAUUUUUUCUUCAACAUCUCCGGAAUCUUGCUGUGGUACCCGAUCCCAUUCACCCGGCUGCCCAUCCGCCUGGCCAAAGGCCUGGGCAACAUCUCUGCCAAGUACCGCUGGUUCGCAGUCUUCUACCUCAUCUUCUUCUUCUUACUGACCCCGCUGACGGUGUUCGGCCUGUCUCUGGCGGGCUGGCCGGUGCUGGUGGGCGUGGGCGUGCCCAUCGUCCUGGCGGUGCUCCUGAUUGUGUGCAUCCGGAUGCUACAGUCUCGCUGUCCCCGCAUCCUGCCUCUGAAGCUCCGGGACUGGAAUUUCCUGCCAUUGUGCAUGCACUCUCUGAAACCCUGGGAUAAUGUCAUCUCCCUGGCCACCACCUGCCUCCAGAGACGCUGCUGCUGCUGCUGCCGCGUGUGCUGCCGCGUGUGCUGCAUGGUGUGUGGCUGCAAGUGCUGCCGCUGCAGCAAGUGUUGCAGGGACCUUGAGGACGAGGAGCAGGAUGUCCCAGUCAAGGCCUCUGGGGCCUUCGACAACGAAGUGAUGUGCAAAGAGGGCCAAGAGGAGGCCGUGGGCCAAGAUGAGGCCAUGGGCAUGAAGGUCAUGUCCGACACUACGGUGUUCUAGGGGGACGUCGGAGAACCUGGCGGGAGAGGCGGACCUAAGUCCCGUGGGGUCCACCUCUCCCACAACUCUGCUCCUGGGGAGGAACAGAGCUGGCUGGCGUAGGCUCUAGCUGUCCCUUCUACCAGAGUCCCAGCCUAUACAUACAGGGGAAGGACUUAACUUGUCCCCUGCUUCCCAAGUGCCUGCCUCCCUCUCAGAAGACAGAGUGACAGAUUGAGACUGUGAAUGUGGCCCCGCAGAUGACAACAUCCACUUCUUGCCUAGAAUAUGCUACUCUCAAAGACGGUCCUCACCCGAAGGACAAGUGUUAAAAGGAGGCGUUAGGGAAGGUUGUUUGGAGGGCCUAUGUAAGAGUAUAUGUAAAUAGAUGUACAAAGCUGGUCUUUCUUGGUAUAAAGCUUCAACUACA